UAAGUUACUAAUUCCUAACACCAAUCUUAUAUAUAGACAACAUAAGCACUAAGCACCAACAAAAAAAUUCAAAACACUUGAGAACCAAACCAGAACUUGCUCUCAUCAUCAUCAAUGGCAGAGCUAGAGAACCCAAUAGUGAUGACCAAGAUCAUCACAUUCCUCUCAUCUCUGGUUCAAAGGGUGGCUGAAUCAAAUGACAUCAAUCCAUUCCAAACCCAGAGAAUCUCAGUCUUCCAUGGCCUAACCAGGCCCACCAUAUCAAUACAGAGCUAUUUGGAGAGGAUUUUCAAGUAUGCCAAUUGUAGCCCAUCUUGCUUAAUUGUUGCAUAUGUUUAUCUGGAUCGGUUUUCUCAGAGGCAACCAGCUCUGCCCAUCAAUUCAUACAACGUUCACCGGUUGCUGAUUACUAGUGUCAUGGUGGCUGCAAAGUUCAUGGAUGACAUGUACUACAACAAUGCUUAUUAUGCAAAAGUUGGAGGGAUCAGCACAAUAGAGAUGAAUUUUCUUGAAGUGGAUUUCCUAUUUGGUUUGAGCUUCAACUUAAAUGUGACCCCUUCAACCUUCACCACCUACUGCUCCUACCUCCAAAGAGAAAUGCUCCUCUUGCAGCCUCCUCUAGAUUCUGCAGAUUCUUCUCUUAGUUUAGGCAAAUCACUAAAGCUCCAUUUGUGCUUUGAUGAGGAGGAAGCCUCCCAUCAGCCACAGCAGCUAGCUGUUUGAUUAAAGCUUCAAAGGGUUGUUGCCUUAAAGAAAAAAAAAAAGAAAAAAGAAAAAAAAAAAGGUAGUUGUUGAGGUAGUGAUUUUUGUACUUUGCCCAUAUUUUUUGGGCUGGCAAUAUGAACAUUAGAUAUUUCUGUCCUUUCUUUUUUUCUUUUUUCUUUUUUGGAUUUUGUAAUUGAAGUUAUUUGGCAUGUUAUGUACAGAUGGGUCUUGAAUUUCCAGUCUGGAAGAAAA